CAGGUUGGCUAAUGGUUAAUAGCCUCCAGUGUACCAAAACCAUUGGGGGGUUUUUCGACAACAACAUUUGAGAAUGACAGAUGAAAUGAUACAAUUGAAUUAUUCAUGUUUGCAUGCUACUUUGAGACUUUAUUUCUCUGUCAAAUGUCACGAGGCGUGUUUCAGUCCGCAGGCUGCAGCCUCCGCACACAAACGCAGACAAGGGAUCAAAAAAAAAUGCCUCUAUUCAUUAACCGGGACCAGAUAUUUGCGCACCAGGUGCAUCUGCUGGAGCACAAGCUGAGGAGUAAAGAGGAGCGAAUACUGGAGCUGGAGACAGAGAAUGCUAUUCUUCAUUUGAGACUUGCAGAGUGUCUGGGGAAACUGCGUCAGGACCACGAAGAGGAGAGCAGGGCGCUGAACCAUCAUCGGCACCAGAGCGAUGCACAGAAUAUAACCCGGUCAUCCCUCGCCACACUCCUGUCUGACGUCCAGGCCCUGAAGCAGGACCUGAGUGAGGUGGUUGCAGUGUACGUGAGUUUUUCCACUGAGCUGGAGGAGCAGAGCAAGACGCUGCUGAAGAAAGUGGCGCAAGCCAGCUCUCCGCUAAAUGGUCACCGCGGAGACGAGGUGCAGAGCUUGCAGGCCCGUGUCGCAGCUCUGGAGCGCUCUCUGGAGGAGGAGACGGAGAGGUGCAGGGCAGAGCGGCGGCGGAGGAAAGAACUCCACAACGCAGUGGUGGAGCUGAGAGGAAACAUCCGCGUUCACUGCAGGGUGCGACCAGUUCUGCCCUUUGACCACGUGCAGUCCUCGACCUCUGCAUCGGGGCCCGCACCGUCAGAGGAAGUGGUCUGUGCGAUCAGUGAUGACACAGUGAUGGUGAAUUGCCUGAAGACGGGGAUGCCAGGGCAAAACAAGAUGUUUGAGUUUGAGAGGGUGCAUGGACCAGAGGAUUCCCAGGAUGCUGUGUUUGAGGAAGUCAAGCCACUGCUUACAUCUCUGCUGGACGGCUAUAAUGUUUGUAUCAUGGCGUACGGACAGACGGGGAGUGGAAAGACUCACACCAUGAUGGGAUCACAGUCGCCAGCGGAGUCCUCGACCACGCAGCAGGAGGCACAGCGGGGUCUUAUCCCCCAGGCUGCUGCUGAGCUGUUUCGGCUGAUCUCCGAGAAGCCUGCAGAGAGCCACACAGUGGAGGUGUCAGUGAUGGAGGUGUACAACAACGAGGUGUUCGACCUGCUGGCCCAAGAUGAGCAGGGGAACACCGCCGGCGAGCGCAGGGACGUCAUCACCACCUCCUCCGGUACCAGCCAGGUCCCCUCCCUUACACACGAGCCUGUGUGCAGCGCCUCUGAUGUGAUGCGGAUCAUCAGCAGCAUUCUAAGAUUCAGGGCCCACUGUCCCACCCUGGUCCACACCGAAUCGUCACGCUCUCACCUCAUUGUCACCCUCACCAUUUCCUCCAAGAGCCCCAAUGCACUGGCCCUGGCCCGCAGGCUACAGAGGGCCAAGAAGGACAUGCAGCACUCCCCCCACAAGGAGUGGUGGAGUCCACGCUGCCGCCGCGCCAACCCCGCCGCCCGCUACUCAUCCGACGAGCUCUUGGCGAGCACCGCCUCCUCUCCCAGCCGCUCGCCCGCCCAUUCCCCAUGUCCCUCCCCCAGGCACAGUAUCGCACAGACUCCAUUCAGGACCAAGCUGCAGCUGGUGGAUCUGGCAGGGAGCGAGUGUGUCGGUAUGUCUGGAGUUACAGGUGCUGCUCUGUGGGAGGUGUCCUGUAUAAACCGCAGCCUCUCCGCUCUGUCCGACGUCCUCGGAGCGCUGGCCGAACAGAGACCACACAUCCCGUACAGGAACAGCAAACUGACUCACCUACUUCAGGAUGUCAUAGGUGGCGAUGCCAAGUUGUUGGUGAUGCUGUGCGUCUCUCCCACGCAGCGCUUCGUCACCGAGUCUCUGCAGUCUCUGGGAUUGGGCACGCGGGCCCGACAGGUCCAGAAGGAGCCGCCUCGACGGAAGAAUAACACCCUCAAAGUUAAGUGACGAGACCGAGACAGAUUUCAUCUUUUUUAAAAACAGUCAUGCCGACAGAGCAGACUUCAGGGUCGAAGAUGCAAACCCGCAAAUUUGAUAAAUAUUUAUUUUACAGAGUAUUAACGUAUCCGUGGGAAGGACUGAUAAAAUCAAAGUGCACAGCCUUAAACUAUAUGACGAUAACUUAUCGCAGUUAUUUGACAUGUUCAUUUAUCACAGGGUUACUAAUCCUACACAGUGCAACAGUAAUACUAGUUUCAUAUAUUUCAGGAGUUCAUUUUAAUAGGAAAUAUGUUGAUCUUGCCAACAUUGAUGCUUUAUUCAUGUUUUUAAAUAGAUCGUGGUAGAGAUUAGACCUAUUUUAGGAGGAAUAGGCUGAAACUGCAGCAAUAAUACUUUUAACAUGGUUUCCACUUUGUUAAUUCCCUUUUAUCUUUACCAGUAUUAAUAUGAAGAUGACACCAUAAGUGAAUAUAGUGCUGCCUUAGUAAGUGAAUUGACUAUGCUGUAAAUAUUUUUAAUACACGCUGCUCAUGUUAUGCCUUGUAUUUUUAUUUUAGUAAAUCGAUGAAUCUGUUUAUGAAGUAUUUACACAGAUAUUCAUGUGCUGUAUCUGUCCUCAUAAAGAUUUUUGUAAAACAUCGAUGGAAUAGUCUCAGUAGAAAAUUGUGUAGAUAUGACUUUAUAAUAAACAGUUGAUAU